UGUGAGCUGCUGCCAAGGCUUCCUUUCUUUCGACAGUCGAGCUGUGCUAUACACCCCGAAAAAUUCAUAAAAUCUCGUAUUACGUAGGAGUAUUCGAAUUGUUCUCAUGUCCAAUCGUUUUCCGUCGAAUUUACUUUGAUUUAACAAUUAACAAGUUUAAAAGCCCUCAUUUAGUUUCAUUGCAAGGGUUUAACGUCUCUCGAAUUCCUGGUGCAUCAAUCCCUCCAGCGGUGAAGAUUCUACAGGACUAUCGGCGUUGUGACGGUUUUUUUUUUAUAAUUAGGGUUAAACAGUUUUUAUAUUGAGAGUUAAUCUUUCCUCACUGCUUCGCUUAUUUAGAACAUAUUGGAAUUUUUUUGUGCAAGAGUUGGGUAAAAUUCACGUAGAAGAUAUACCAAUUUUUUUGGUAUGAGUACAAUGGACCCUCCAAAGAGUGAAGGUGAGCCGGAAAAACCUGCUAUACCAGCAGCAAUGGUUGGUACACCAACGACAGGAUCUCAACAUCCACCACCGUCACCCCUAAGCGGGUGUUACUUACUUGUCGUUCUUCCUGAGCCUCAUAAUGCACAGCACAAAGAUCUCAUUCUCAAUCGAAUUGCCAAAGGGUUUUUGUCGUGGGACAAAGACAACUGUCAUGUCGACUUGGAGAAGGAACUUCAAGCUUUGGUUGCUCAAGCACCCGAGGGUGAAGAAGCUAGAAAUGGUGAACGAUUGAUUCAAUACGCAACUGAGAAUCUCGUGACGGAAAUUUUAAUUCACCCGCAGUCAAAUACAUUACUUCAAUGCAUUCGAAAUUUACUCGCUAGUUUCACGAAGCAUCGGCACAUCAUUCACGCCGGCUAUACGUUCAGUGAGAAUGGUUCCUGGAUACUGCAGGAUGGAACCUUCAGUCUUGCUGACUUUUUGGACGCAUUUAACGAGCACGAUGUGCAGAGAGUGCUUCGAGCUUAUGAAAAUAGCGUAACUGUCGACAUUAAUUGCGCAGCCAUUGGCGAAUGGUUAAUGCAGCGUUUAUCCAAGGAACCCUGUAUUAGGUCCUGUAGAGUUCGACUAAACCCCGACGAUGUGUUAACAGCGGGCGUUCCCGCAAUAACAAGUUUUACGAAUUACAUCAGCCAGUAUCUAGUGCCACUAGCGCUGGACCAACUGAUGCAACCAUCCGAUGUGGUUGGCAAUAUUCGAUUCAGUCAUCCAACGUUGUACGUCUUCCCUGGUGGUCAGGGUGAUGCAGCCCUCUUCGGAAUUAACGGUUUCAAUAUGUUGGUUGACGGUGGUUUCGCCAGGAAAUCAUGCUUCUGGGAUUUCACUAGACAUUUAGAUCGCCUCGAUGCUGUCUUAUUAACGCGCAUGAAUAAUAGCAACGUUGGGGGUAUGUCUAGUGUUCUCCGCAAGAAACGAGAGAUGCAAGUCUAUCCUCAAAUUGGUCACUUUUUCUGCAAUCUCGUCGAGCGGAAACAUUCUAAUUCGCCGGAUGGAGAUAAAGAUCUUGAUCCAUUGAUUUUGAGUCUAACCGAAUUGGGACAAGAGAUGAUGCUUAAUCUCAAGCACAUAAAUCUCCGGCCGCAUCCGUGCUACAGAGACCCUGAGCCAAUAAAUCUUUAUCAUAAAGUUGGCCAUGGCACUCUAGACAUGUAUGUCUUGAGUCCUACUAAGGACAGCCGGGAAGUACGUGAAUUCCUGUCGAAGUGGAAUGCAGGCGACUGGAAAUUAUUCGCUGGUUCACACAAGAAAGACUCAAAUAACUUGACAUUUCCUAUUCAAAAUCUAGUAUCAAUAUGUGCAUUAUUAGUAUGGCAGCCUGCCAAUCCCGAGGACACGAUAACAAGAAUACUAUUUCCAGGUAGUACGCCGCAGCACAAAAUAUUUGAAGGCAUUGAACGUCUGAGGCAUCUCGAAUUUCUCAAGCAUCCAAGGUGCACGGCAAAAAGCAUAUCACCCUCGGCUUCGUUAGUUGCACUCAAGGAUAAACCAAUGAAGAUCCAGAAGAUGAGUCUGAUGGAUAGAGAAACUAAACGUGCUAUGGAAGCACGUAAGGUUAAGCGUGAAGAGGAAACCAAACAGAAAAUUGAAUUGACCCAACCAGAAAAGGCUGAGGAAAAACCGAAACCCAUUCCGAAAAAGCGAGAAAUUGUUGAGAACAAGAAAAUUGAGGGUGAUAUCAAAGAGGAUGGUGUGAAAGACGCCAAGAAAAUCGAUAAGGAAUUGAAGGAUGUUAAAGAGACGAAGAAAAUUGUUAAAGAUGAUGUUAAAAAGACUGAAAUGAUAAAAACUAAACCGGAAACUGAGAAGACUGCGGCAAUCAAAGAAACGAAACCCAAACCCGAGCGCAAGGAGAAAAAAAUUACUAAGGAACCAGCCCAAAAAAUUUCACUUCCGAAAACAAAGCCUGAAGCAACAACUGAGAAGAAGACGAAAGCACCCACACCGAAGAAAAUGGUCAAUGGAGUAUCACCUAAACCCGAGGACAAGGUGAAGACAGCAGCAAUAACAAAAUCAGCACCGAAGGCAGCAACUAAAAUUUUGCCAGCUGCUGCACCAAAGAGUGCUAAAGAUGCUAAUAAUCGAAAAGUAGUUGAGCAGAAAAAUAUCGAGAGAAUGAGUAUGUCAAAGGCUCCGGCUAAACCAAAAGCCCAACCUGCUCCGCCCUCGGAGAAGAAAGCUGUACCACGUAGGCCAAAACCCAGUGGAAGUCCCAGCAAAGCAAAAUUCAUUGCGGGUAGUCCAAUAAAAUCUGCAAAAAGCACUCCAACAGCCUCCGUAAAAUCUGAUAAAGAUGGAGUGAUGAGGAAAAUAAAGACGGAAAAAGGCACUGCGGAUUCAUCAACUGUAUCAACACCAUCAGCAAUUGAAAUUGAUUCAAUGAAUAAAUUCACUGACAAAUGUUUGACAGAGAAAUCAGAGGACAUGUCACUAGAUUCAAUUGAGUCCAAGGUUCUGGCAGAUCUUAAAGAGGAACGCCAAGUGGUUGAGGAGAUUGAGGCAGUAUUACAGAAAGCUGAGAGAAUUGAAGUAGCAAGAAAGGAGAGUAGGAUCGAAGGCGAGGAUGAGGUUACAGGGGAUGCUACUGAUAAAAAGGAUAUCACCGAAGACAUGACUGAGGACGAUGUCACCGCUGACAUUGAUGAAGUACCACGAAAAUCACCAAUUAGGAAAGCGAGUCAGGAGCAAUUGACUGAGGAGGAGGAUGAGUACCUCAUUAUUGAAAAGGAGGAGGGUGACACCGAAGAUUCCGUGCACAGUGGUGAAACUGAGCACAAGCAUUUAUUGGAUGCUGCUCAAUCCGAGAAAGAGAAAAUUCUCAAAGAUAGUGAGGAGUACGACGAAAAAGAGGUGGUUGAUGAGGAGGAAUUGGAGCCUGACGAAUUGGAAGAAGAAGAGGAGGACGAGGUAGAUGAAGAGGAGGACGAAGGUGAGGAGAAAGAAAUGGCUGUGGAAAAGGGUAUUAUAGAGGAGCGUGAGAAGAGUGAUGAUGCAUCUGAAAAGAAAUCUCAUCCGGAAGUAGAAAAGACUCCGGAUAAAGACACCACACCACUGGCGGAGUACAAAGAGCAGCUCGAAGAGGAGAUGAAAGGUAUAAUAACAUCAGCAACGGAAAUUCUCCAGAAAACAGAGGAGAAAGAGGAUUCAGGCAAGAAAGAUAGUGAGGAUAUAACAAAAGAACCAUCCAGUUUGAGUCCGGAGAAAUUGGAUUCUUCGGAGAAGAAAACAACGGAUACCGAUGUAAAACCAGAAGUUGAAAAAACAAAAGAGAAAAUGGAGGAAUCUCAAGAGCGUAUAUCAACAAUCGAGUCAGGUGCUACUACUACUGCACCGACGUUGCCUGAAGACGAGAGAAUUUCCGUGGAUGCUGCGAAGCCACCAACAACUGAAAAAACUAUUGAAGAUAAGAAAGCCGAGGUUCCACAAAAACCCAAAGAGAUUAUGCCAUUGACGACCGAACCGAGUGAAGUGAAACCUGAGGUACGCAUGUUUAAUGUACGCCAGGGCCCUCAAGUACUUCAGAGAGACAUCGUUAAAACCCCCGAUGAAGUAGCGGAUCUCCCGGUGCACGAGGAGGUUGAUCCAAAGCUCUAUAAAAUGGAAGACUUUGAGAAAUCAAAAGAUGAGAAAGCUCAAGUGCCAGUGAGUGCUCCUCAAGAACUGAAAGAAUCACCAAGUAAAGAGCAAAAAGGUGUGCUUGGCUUCUUUGGUAAAGUUGCGGAUAAAUUUGAAAGAGGAAUGGACAAGUUGACCGGAAAAGGAAGGAGAGAAUCGGAAAAAGAUAUUGACGAGAAAUCUUCAUCCAAAUCAGGUUCUCCCAAAGAAGAGGUUCACCAUGAUGUAGCACCUGCUGCUAUUUCUGAAAUCCAUCUCCCCAAAACUGAUGAGAAAGAGCAAGAACAGGAGCCUGAAAAACCCGCGGAAGCUACAAUUCCGACAACUGCUCCACCAAAAUCUUCUCAAUCAGAGGAAAGGAAUACGGAAAUUCCACUCGAUGGCCUACAAAAAUCAACUGAAGCUCUUGACGACUUGGAGGAUGCAGAUGGCGUUGAAGCUCUUCUCGAGGAAGCCUCCAAGAAAUUUAAAACUGUGAAAGACAGUCUCCGCGAUUCCCUCGAGUCUUUAGAAGAAAAAAUCGUUGAAGAGGAAUUCAAACGAGCUGCACAACUCGCUGCAACUACCAAGGAUGAGGUUAAAGAUACUCUUGAUGAAGUUGUUGAAAAAUUAGAAGAGAUUCAACCGCAGAUGCAUGGCAUUGAAGUAAAUGAGAAAGAACCUGAAAAAGUCCACUUUGUUGUUCCUGCAGAUGAUGAAGAAGAAGAGGCUACUGACCUAGUUAGAGAUAUGAAAGAGGCUGUUCGCGAAGUAGGUGAGGUAUUAGCUGGAACUGCAGGUAUUGUUCUUGAUGAGAAACCCAAAGAUGUCACCGAAAUUGUCAAAAAAGUCGCAGAAGUUUUGAAGGAAGAUGACUUUUUGUUCGAAAAGGCCCUUUUCGAAACGUCGGCUAAAAUCCCUACUCAGAAAGACGAAAUUGAAGAAGUAAUAGAGAAGAAAGCUUCUCCGUUACUGGAAUGCAAAGAGGAACCUUGCAUCAAGAAAACUGUUGCAGAAGAACCUGCCAUUCCAGAUGGCAAAGAACAAAUUUCAGACAAAACUGAUGCAAAAGCUAUUUGCGAAGAUUUAAUGAAAGAUAUUGCCCCAGCCCACCCUCCGGAACAUAGUACCACUGAACACGAGGGAAUCGAUGUUAUGGAAGCAGGUGUUGAAGAAGUUUGUCAAAAAAUUGCAGUGCCUGAACGCGAACAAAAACACGAUUCUCCAGAGCAAGAUUUCAAAGAAGAGAGACGUGAUUCAGUGGAAAUUGAACCAACCCAAAUUUCACUUGAACAUAAGAUAGCUCCUACUACUGCCGAGUACGUCAUGGUAACACCGGAUUCAGUUCCACCAUCUCCAAAAUUCCCAAAUGAAAAACUUCAGAGCCACAUUGAAAAGGAGAUGAUUGUUUCAAAUUUGCCAAGACCAGGGCUUCCAACGGAAGUUCAAAGCAUUAUCGAAUCUGCCAAAAAUAUUGAUGAGAUAAUUGAGCAGCUAGUUUUCAUCAGGAAUGAGAAAAUUACCAUUGAAAUAAUUGAAUACAUAAUUUUAAUUAAGCGAGUUCCUAGGGAACAAAUUAUUCACGUUAUUCAGGAAAUAAUCAUGAAGAAAAAAGUGCCACAGGAGAGUGUCGUUGUUGAUGCCAAUAUUCUACUGUUAGAUGAACAAACCAAGAAAGAUAUUGUUGAAUUGGAUGAGAAGGAGAAAAGCGCCGAUGCGAAGGGCGAAUCUCCAAAAGACGAGGAUGACUCAAUAGUUACGGAUAAAAACCGAUCUGACGUGGAAUCAGAAAUAUUGAACGAAUAUUUAGCUAAGAAUAAGAAGAUAACGCAAACCAUUAUUGACGAAAUUCAUGUUAGACAACGAGUUCCUAUAUAUGUUAUCAUUGAGAUUAUAGAAUACAUAAUAAUUCAAAAGAAAUUGCAGAAGCAAUCGCUUGUGGACAUCAAUGACGCAACUUGGGAGAAAUUGAAGUCAGACGCCGCAAGCGAGGGAGAAGAAGAAGAAGGGAAGAGUGUAGAUGAAGAUCAGCAACUCGAAGAUUUCAUCAUUGUUCCAUCGGCAGAAGAAGUGGAAAAUAUCCAUCGCGCCGAAUCUGACAUUCUGGACAGUUAUGUUGCUAAGGGGAAGAAAUUUACGCGGGAAAUUAUUGAAGAAAUACACGUAACGCGAAAAAUCCCUAUUUACGUAGUGAUUGAAAUAAUUGAAAAAAUUAUCAUUACGAAAAAAUUAUCGAAAAAUUCAGUCGUUGACAUUCCCGAAGCGAUUUGGAAUGGUAUGAAAUCCGAGGCAUUGAAAGAGGAAAAGCUUACUUCGGAGAAGGUUCAUGAUGGUUUCGAAGCUGUCGAACAAGAGUAUAAAUUUUUGGAGAAGGAGAAGAAAAUUGAGACAGAUCAAAUGGAACGGGAAGAGGCUUUGGAGGAUGAUACCAGUGACGUCAUAGAAGCCGAUGAAAAACUCAUCGACAAAUCAUUGAGGGACAAACCCCAAGCAUCUGUUACUGAAAAAACUAUUACAGAACCAGAGGAGAAAAAAUUCGCCGAGGAUCGAAAAUUAUCAGUGGCAGAGGUUCAAAAGGGAGAUGCUAGUGAACCACAUCUUACAAAAGAAACUACUGCCCUUCAGUCAGAAGCAGAUGAGGAAUCAUCAACAGUCCGACGAAUGAUCGUUACAACAACUAGUGAGGAUGGUGGUGACGAAAUUGUCAUCUGUCCAACUGGCAGCAUAACUUUCGCUAAAGCAACCACUCCUGAAGAUUCUCUGAAGGGCUCUCCAAUAAAAACUGAACCAGAUAAAGAUUCGUUGCAUUCACAUGAAAGUACUCCGGAGAAAGACAGCGUUUCGACGAAGGACAGCCUAGACAAAUCUCCUACGAGCAUUCGAGAUUCACAAACCUUGGAUGACAGCAUCGAAAAAUCUAAAGCUGAAGAGAAGAAGAUUUCCAAAGCGCCUUUACCCGAGAAGGCCAUUAAAGACCUGCAUCUUGAUCAACUCGAUAAGGAACCAUCAGAUUUUGAUAAAAUUGAAGAUGUCUCACCAGCAGAGAGUGUUUUUGCCGAGUCUCCAUUGAAGGAAUCUUCGAAAAGCGAUGUAGUUGAUGCCAAACCCAUUUCAGACGAAAAAACACUCCAACAAGUACCGAAACAGGAAGAAAAAGUCUCACCGUCUGCAGAACAAGAACCUACACCGAUCAAAGACACGAUGGAAAAAGAAAAAAUGGAAGUGGUUCUCGAUAAAUCAAGAUCUUCCAGUAUUGGAUCCCUAACUCAGGAUGAGAUGACGCCUGCGCCGAUAGAUACCUCAAUAAAAGAUGCUCCUCCAAGUCAAGAACUAAUUGUCAAAACUGAUGGAAAAGAUAUUGCUCACGAGACGAGUGUAACACCAAUUACAGCACCAAGUUCAGAUGUUGCAGAUUCGACCCUUAGAAAAAAAAGUGUAGUGGAUACAGAAAAAGAAGAAAUUGUGCCACUAGUAAAAACAGAUGCUGGUGAGGAAACAGAGACAACUGCAACGGUCGUCCCAAGCGAUAAAGCUCUCGAACUAAAAAUUGAAGAUAAAACAAUAGAAAGAAAAUCCCCCAGCCCAGGUCCAGAAGCAGGAAAAUCUACUGCAUCUCCUGAUAUGGCAACAACCAAAAAAGAAGAGGAAGGAGUGAAGGAAUCAGGUUCUAGUCGCGCAUCUUCACCUAUUUCUAAAGAAAGCCCUGUCCCUAAAGAAGAGGGAAAACUGGAUGGCCCGUCAGACAAACUGGAUGAAAAAGAGUCUAUCAAAUCACCACCUUCUCCGGUGGUUUCAUCACGGCCGAUUGAAAAAUUAGGAGAAAACAAAUUCAUUGAAGCGAUUGAGAAAGCGCCAAGCAUGGGUGUUGCAGAAUUGAAAACAGAAAAAGUCACUUCACCACUUCGAAAAGCAAGUAUUACAUCGGAAAAGGACGAUGAAGAUAAGAAAUCAUCUACACUUGACACAUUGGAUGACCAAAAAUUAGUGGAGAAAGAUAAGAUCGACGGAAUUGCCGAUAGUAAAUCGCCAACAUCGCCAAAGGACAUUUCUCCAAUGAAAGAGGGUGGUUCGACUGCAGGAAAAGAUUCUUUGGAUGCUACUGUGGAAACUACAACUCAAGUUUCAGUCAUUCUCGAUAAAUCAUCAGCACCAUCUGAAGAGCAUGUAUCUCCCGAUUCAAAAGAACCUGACACUGUCAAGGAUGAUAUCAAACAUGAGGAGAUUGGAACAGAUGCCCAGGAAAAAUCACCAACUCCAAGUCCUACAAAGAUCAUGUCCUCAAAAUCAUCUAGGGAGACUUCACCGAUCCGUAAACAAAGUUUACUCAUUGGAUCUGCAGACACCAAAACUGAUAUUGCAACUGAUGAUAGAAAAUCACCCGUUUCAAGCGUUGGAGAUGCCAGAUCAACAAAAUCAUCUAGGGAAGUCUCUCCAGUUAGGAAAGAAAGUCUUGUUGUUGAGGGUGACGUUAAAACUGAGGUAGAUGACAAAAAAUCUCCAGCCCCGAGUAUAGCUGAUGGAAGGUCACCAUUAUCUUCGCGCGAUGUUUCACCAUUGAGAAAAGAGAGUUCAGCUGUUGAAAAACUUGAUGAAAAAGUAGAAAAAACCGGCACACUAUCACCUACUGUGACCUCACCAUCUCCAGUCAGAAAAGAAAGUAUUAGCCAUGAUAAAGAAGAAAAGACGCUUGAAGCAGCUACGAAGCCAGAUGAGAAGGUUGCGCCAAGUCCAGUUGGUUCCAUUUCUCCAAUUCAGAAAGCAAGCUUAACUGUUGAUGAAAAGGUAUUGCCAAGUGCGGUUCCAACAGAACAUGAAGAAAAAAUAAUUGAUUCUGAACAUUCUCCAAAAUCGGCCGGAGGAGUUUCACCAAUUAGGAAGAAGAGUAUUGGAAAAUUAGAAGAUGCAAGGGUUGAAACAGGAAUUGACAGAGCAUCUCCAAGUCCUGCCGAGAGUGUCAAAAGCCCAGUGUCUCCACGAGAUACAUCUCCGAUGAGCAAAGAAAGUAUUGCCGUUGAAGAAAAGGAGUCAGCGAGUCCGCGCCUAUCUAUGGACAUCACAUCUGAGGAGAAAAUUGGUGAUGGGAAAUCACCUAGUCCUCUUGCUGCAAGUAUCAAAUCUUCAACAUCUCCAGGUGAUACUUCACCAAUUAGAAAGCAGAGUUUAGUAUCUGAUAAGAAAUUGCCAACGAGUGAUUUGGAGGAGGAAUCAGUUGAUUUAAAAUCUGGAGAGGUUGGAAUCGAAAAGAAAUCGCAGAGUCCUGUCACUGAAAGUCGCAAGUCCUCAGUUACUCCUCACGAUUCUUCAAUCGAAAAAGAAAGUCUAGUUUUGGAGGACAAAAUAUCAACUCCCAGAGCGUCAGUUGACUUGAAAUCUGAAGACGUUGCACUUGACAAGAAAUCCCCCAGCCCUGUAAUUGAAUCUUCAAUAUCUCCACGGGAAACUUCGCCAGCUCGGAAAGAAAGUAUAGCGAUGAGUGAAAAAGGAACUGCAAGCCCUAGGCCAUCAAUUGAUAUCACAUCCGAAGGAAACCUUCUCGAUAAGAAAUCACCAAGUCCUAAAUUAGCAUCCCCUCGUGAUACCUCUCCUGCUAAGGAUACUCAUUCUUUGAUUGAGGAAACAAUUUUAUCAACUCCAACCACGAUAAUUGAUUCCAAAACUGAUGAGCAUCGUGAGAAGGCAUCCAGCCCCGAAGACAAAGUUUCGAUCAGCAGUACUCCGAGGGCCUCUAUGGACAUCAAACAUGAAGAGGCAACUACCGAUAAGAAAACGCCUAGCCCGGAUGAAAAAAUCUCAAUCAGUGAUACUCCAAAGGCAUUCAUUGACAUCAAACAUCAAGAGGGGACGGCUGACAAGGAAACACCUGUUCCCGGCGAAAAAGAAGAGAUUGUUGGCGAUAAGAAAACACUUAGUCCGGAUGUAAAAGUUUCAGUUAGUGACACUCCAAAGUCAUCUAUCGAUAUUAAAAUGGAAGAAGGGACUGCCGAUAAAAAAACAUCUGGUCCCGGUGAAAAAGAAGAGAGUGCUGACGAUACGGAAACACCUAGUCCUGAUGCAAAAGUGUCUGUUAGUGACACUCCUAAGGCAUCUAUCGAUAUUAAAAGGGAGGAAGGGACUGCCGACAAAAAAACAUCUAGUCCCGGUGAAAAAGAAAAGAGCGCUGACGAUAAGGAAACAUCUAGUCCGGAUGUCAAAGUUUCAGUUAGCGAUACUGCCAGGGCUUCUAUUGAUAUUAAAAUGGAAGAAGAGACUGCCGACAAAAAAACAUCUAGUCCUGAUGAAAAAGAAGAGAGUGUUGACGAUAAGGAAACAUCUAGUCCGGAUGUCAAAGUUUCGAUUAGCGAUACUCCCAGGGCUUCUAUCGAUAAUAAAAUGGAAGAAGGGACUGCCGCCAAAAAAAUACCUACUCCCGGUGAAAAAGAAGAGAGUGCUGGUGAUAAGGAAAUACCUAGUUCGGAUGUCAAAGUUUCCGUUAGUGAAACGCCCAAGGCAUCUAUCGAUAUUAAAAUGGAGGAAGGGACUGCCGACAAAAAAACAUCUAGUCCCGGUGAAAAAGAAAAAAGUGCUGACGAGAAGGAAACACCUAGUCCGGAUGUAAAAGUGUCCGUUAGUGACACUCCCAGGGCAUCUAUCGAUAUUAAAAUGGAAGAAGGGACUGCCGACACAAUAACACGUAGUCCCGAUGAAAAAGAAGAGAGUGCUGGUGAUAAGAAAAUACCUAGUCCGGAUGUCAAAGUCUCAGUUACUGACACUCCCAAGGCAUUUAUCGAUAUUAAAAUGGAAGAAGGGACUGCCGACACAAUAACACGUAGUCCCGAUGAAAAAGAAGAGAGUGCUGGUGAUAAGAAAAUACCUAGUCCGGAUGUCAAAGUCUCAGUUACUGACACUCCCAAGGCAUUUAUCGAUAUUAAAAUGGAAGAAGGGACUGCCGACACAAAAACACCUAGUCCAGAUGAGAAAGUCGAAGUUAGUGAUGCCCCAAGAGUAUCUAUUGAUCUCAAACAGGAAAAAGAGGCUGCCGACAAGAAGUCACCUAGUCCAGAUGAAAAAGUUCCAAUUAGUGGUACCUCAAGGGCACCGAUCGAUAUGAAAUUAGGGGAAGAGACUAUCGACAAGAAGUCGCUUAGUCCAGAUGAAAAAGUUCCGAUUAGUGAUACUCCAAGGACAUCUAUUGACAUCAAACACGAAGAGGAAACUGGUGACAAGAAAACUCCUAGCCCAGAUGAAAAAGCUUCAAUUAGUGAUACUCCAAGGGCAUCUAUUGACAUCAAACAGGAACAGGGAACUCUCGAAAAGAAAACUCCUAGUCCGGAUGAAAAAGUCUCAGUUAGUGGCACUCCAAGGGCAUCUAUCGACAUCAAACACGAAGAGGAAACUGCCGAUAAGAAAACUCCUAGUCCGGAUGAAAAAGUCUCAAUUAGUGAUACUCCAGAGGCAUCUAUUGACAUCAAACAUGAGGAGGGAACCCCUCAGAAGACAUCUAGCCCAGAUGAAAAAAUCUCCAUUAGUGGUACACCUAGGGCAUCUAUCGAUAUCAAACUAGGAGAAGAGGCUAUCGACAAGAAAUCAUCCAGUCCAGAUGAAGAAGUCUUGGUUAGUGGUACUCCAAGGGCAUCUAUUGAUACGAAACACGAUGAAACUGCUGAUAAAAAGGCAUCUAGCCCAGAUGACAAAAUCUCGAUUAGCGGUAGUCCGAAGAAAUCUAUUGACAUCAAACACGAAGAGGAGAUUGCCGACAAGAGAACGCCUAUUGCGGAUGAGAAAGUCUCGAUUAACGGUACUCUAACGGCAUCUAUUGAGAUCAAACACGAAGUGGAGACUACUGACAAGAAAAAGCCUAGUCCAGAUGAAAAAGUCUCGCUGACUGACACUCCUCGGGCAUCUAUUGACGUCAAAUCAAUAGAGGAAACUAGUUUAUCUGGAGGGUCUCCAAUCGCUCUGUCACCAGUCAGGAAAAGGAGUAUAUCGGAGCAGUUUGACGGAAAAGAUGGAAAACAUAUUGAUGAGAAAUCGUCAGUCAGUGCCGCCACUACUAAAGAAAGCAUCAUCCUGGAAGACAAGCAAGUAAUUGAGACUUCAAUUUCAGCGAAGCUCCCAGGAGAUGCAACGGAUGUUAAAAUACACGACCAGAAAUCACCAAGUCCUGGUGAUGUUGCUCUAAAAUCAGCAACGUCUUCACGAGGUGUCUCUCCAGUCAGAAAGGAAAGUUUAGCUGAGGUACCCCAACACCCAGAAGAAACAGGAAAAGAUUUAAAAUCCUCGGCAUCAUCUCGCGAUGUUUCUCCAGUCAGAAAAGAAAGUCUCAUCCCGAAAGCGGAUGGGAAAUCUACGGAAUCCAGUGCAAUCAUUUCACCAGCCAGAAGAGAGAGCCCAACUCCAGAUGCAACGGAUACGUCUGCCGUUACAUCAACUCUUUCUCUCAAGAUAACAGAAAAACUAGAAGACGACAAAGUAAGUGAAAAAUCCUCGGGUUCAUCCCAAGCGACUUGUUCAGCCAGAAAAGCAAGUUUAGAAGGAAAAUCUGUAGAAUCAUCAGGGCUGAUCCUGCAAAAGCCAGAAGACAUAAAAGUUGAUACAAAAUCACCAUCACCUCCUAAAUCUCCAGCGCCGUCAGACCCAUCUAGUCAACGCAAAGACGAUGGUUCACUUGCGAAAGAUCCAAUUGAAAAAGGCUUGGGUAUGCGAUCAAGAUCCUCCAGCAUGGCUUCUGAAAAAUCAACUAUUGAACCAACCAAAGAUGAAAAAGUCAUUGCAAAAGACACAUUGCAUCAAGUAGAAUCAUCCAUUCAUGCCAAUAAAUCCGAAGUUCCUUUGCCAACAGAGUCCUCUCUUCAAAAACCGACACCAGCAGCUGAUAAACCACAGGAUGCAGAAUUUCCAGAAGCACCAUCACGAGACAGAUCUCGAUCGCACAGUCUCUUCGAUACGGGAGAAAAAACUCCCCUUGGUAGAUCUAGAGCAGCAAGUCUUUUCGAGGAUAAAGACGACAUUGUAAAAUCUGUUUCUCGAAAAUCCUCAGGAUUAUCGGAAUUCCAUGAGGAUCACUUCCAACGUGAAGAAGCCGAAGACGAUUUCGAAGUAUCUGAAGCUAAACGUAUCGACAUAGAACGAUACAUAAUGAGCCAAUAUGUAACCAGGAAACGAAAGAUAACAGGAGCAACACUCGAGGAGAUAGUAGCACUCUACGAUGUGCCAAAUUACAUUGUCAUCGAAACAAUUUACGAAAUCUGUGAUAAAAUGAAAAUCCCGAGAGAAUCAAUAAUUGACGAUGUGAGUGUGAUUGACGAGACACAGAUGGAGGUUUCGAAGGGUUUAUCAGAACCUGAUAAGCUGUCACAGAUACCCCACACUACAAGAAUCAACAUUGAAGACUACGUAACACAAGAGUACAUCAUAAAGAAGAAACGAAUUUCCCAGAAGACUCUUCACGAAAUUUCAAUGUCGAAGGGAGUAGACGAGAAUACCCUCUUCAUUAUAAUUGAGUCCAUCAUGAUUGAAAGAAAAAUCCCAAGAGAAAGUCUUCUUGACGAAGAUGCUUUGGCCGCACAUUCGAGUCGAAAAAGUCCAGCCAUCAAAGAAGAACAUGAUGACGAGCAUCAUCCAUUUGAGAAAUAUAAAGAAUCCGUCGGAACAGGCGGUGGGAUUACGCAAUACAAGGAGGAAGGCAUGUCUGGAAAGUCCUCGCCAGAACGUAGGUCCUCGGGCUAUUCAACUCCUGAAGUCAGACACUAUGAUGACAAGUAUGAAAGCCAAUUUCAUAAGGCCUUUGUUGGAGGUAUGACGGAAAUUAGAACUACUCACAUAACGACUUUAUCCGGUAAAUCAACUCCUGAUGUUGGUGCUAGAACCGAAACCCCAGAUUCUCUGCCAGACACUGCAUCCUCCGAUAAAAUGGACAAAGAUCAUUCUGAAGGUGAACCAGUUAUUAUUAAACGUACCGUCGUGACUGAAGUCCCAGAGUAUGAAACUACCAUCAAGAAAACAAUUGUUAAACGAGAGAUAAUAGAAGAAGAUGAUGAUGGAGCGUCUGACGGCCAACCUAGCAUAAUCAGUGGAUUUGAUGACAAAGGAGCGAUGAAAGUCGAUCUUAGCCGGAGUUUGAUGUCCUCCUCUUCAGGAAGAUCAACUCCUGAUAAAAUUCGAGAUUUAUCAGAAGGUAGAUCCAGUACAGACACGCCAGACAGUCUGCGUUCUCACGAAGUCAUAAAGACAACAAUUACAAAAACCCGAACAAUGUCGGAUGAGGGUGAGAUUAUCACAACAACGAAAGAAGUAACAGAAACAACUAAUGAACGGGGUGAAACCGUGGUAGUGGAGGAGAAAGUCGAUGUUAAAACGACUCAAGCAGAGCCUGGAAUGGAGAUUUCUGGGCAUCAUUGGCCUGAACAACGACAUCAUGAGGAUUCAGAGGAAGAUUCACCUCUCUCAGCCACGUCUCAAGUUUAUCAUUACGAAAAGGGUGAUCAAAAGCAUGUAGAGUUCUCGACGGCUGACAUGAGCAGUAGUUUCUACGGAAAAUUACCAGAUGUUCCUCAACCUCGUCACCCUACAGAACCUGUGGGAGAUGACAAGGAUUUCUCUUUCAAAAAGUUUUCACUGGAGAAGCAAUCGGUUGAAGGAGGAGCCGAGCAUAUGACCACUUCACGACAAUUCGCUGAUGUAGCUGAUUACGAUGUUGAUAAAGUACUGAGAGAACAUGAGAAAGAACAUGAGGGAGAUGAUAAACAUGACAAGGGGGAUCCCAUCGGGGGGUGGGGUACCCCUCUGAAACUACCAUCACCCGAACGACCUGAUAAAUUCAAUCUUCGUUCAACCCCAAUUGUCCGCUCAUCAGUGGAUAUGUCGCCAGAUUCUCUGAACUUUGAUGUCAUCAAUGACUGGGGGGAACCCUUGAGACUACCAUCACCAGCUCCAACUGCUGAUGAGGCAUCGAAUAAAACGAUGCCCCCUACUCCGAAGAAAGAGCGCAGACAGCCAAAGAAAAUUGUAGCUGAGAAUAUGAAGAAUAAGAAGCGAUCUGAUAGCCCAGCUAGCAAGGAGAAGAAGAAGGACUCGAAGAAGGUCCAGCCGGUUUAUCUGGACUUGACUUAUGUUCCACAUCAUGGCAACUCUUAUUAUGCCAGUUUGGAGUUUUUCAAACGUGUACGGGCUAGGUACUACGUAUUCAGUGGAACUGAACCUAGUAGAGAAGUUUAUGAUGCACUGCUAGAUGCCAAGAAGACUUGGGAGAAUAAAAACCUCGAAGUGACAAUGAUUCCUACAUACGAUACCGACACUCUCGGCUACUGGGUAGCUGACAAUGAGGAAGCCCUCGCAGCUAACCAUAUUGAUCUGUCACCAUCAGCAUCGCGUUGCACCAUUAAUCUACAAGAUCACGAAACAAGCUGUAGCGCUUAUCGACUAGAGUUCUAGGACAUGUCAGCAUGCUCAGCUCUACUAGUCGAAUUCUGAGCGAAAUUACAUCACCGUCAGACUCUUAAUUUACUUACGAAAAGAAAAAUAAAGAAAACGAAGGGAGAAACAUUUCUCACUCGGCAGGAACUAAUUCUUCAAAGUGGUCUAAUUGUCAUAAAAGAAAAUUCUCUAUUGUCUUGUUGUAACGACAAUUUUUUUUUCUUGACAUAUUAUUCAAUUCCGAGCAGCACAAAAUUAUUGAAUGAAACAGAUAAUCUACAGGCAAAGUAAUAAAUGAAUAAUUACGCGAUCAUUGAAGUUAAAUUUAAGGGAGGAUGAAUUAUGCAAGUGGGCCUUAAGUACUUCCAGUCGUGAUUCUCGAUAAUCUAACAUCUGCCAGUCAUUAAACCGAAAACUUUUUGUUCAAAUUGAUAUGAAAAAAAAAAUCCCGACUGUGAGACAAGUAAAUAAUAUUGUGAUAAAUUGCAGCAGGAGAUUGUGACAUUUAAUAGGAAAACGAAAUACCAUGCUAUAUGCUUUAUUAUUUGCCAUACGGUGGGAUUUAAUCUCUCUGUGCACUUAUACUUAUUGCUUUGAAUUCGUGUUUAUUUUUAGUUUAUCCCAGAUAAUUUUAACAAGCAGUAUCGACAGACUGUAUUAUGUUAAAUUUGGAUGGACGGAAUAGAUUUUGCAGUUGAAUGAAUUUAAGGACAACUGAGUAAAAUCUGCAACAUUCGAAGCCUUUAUUUCAUUCAAUUACAACAUCAAUAAUUCAAGUUUUUCUAGUCACAAAAUUAAUUUACAGCUAAUAUAAUCUAUAUAGCUAUGGUCAAUAUAUGCCUUCCCAUACGUAACUGGAGAAAAAUAUUGGGCAAUGUAUUGUGAAGGAAAUUGUUUAUCGGCUUCCUUAGAGAGUGAGUUUUGUGAUCAAAAACGAAAUUAUCAUAGUUUUAAUCGGCUUAAAAGCUUAUCGAGUUAUUUUAACGUUUAUUAUGCACUGCUUGACAUUUUAUCUGAUAAAAUAUUUAUAUUAAAGUUAUUGAUAUUCAUUUAAAGUAUAUACGUAUUUUAUGAGCAAAAGCUUGGCCUAAUGGAUAAUCGGCUUUUUCUAAAUUGAAAAAAAAAAAAAAAAAAAAUUAUAUGAAAAAUAUAAAAGUGAUAGUUGAUGAAAGUCUAAAAUUUUUUGUUAUUCAAUUCCAUAUAAACAAAAUUAGUUAUAGAGUAUAAUUAAGCACAAAUGCUUAAUAUUUCAUUGCAAUACAGGAUGUGAUAAUGAGCUUAAUAUAAUAGGAAGGAAGGUAAGUAAAACGAAGAACCUUGAUACCUGUUUGUCUUGACGUUGGCUUGACAAAAAGGAUAUGAAUAUAUUGGCAUAAGUUGCCUUAAAAGAUUUAUAUGAAGGGACAAUGAAAUAAUAAAAGGAAGAGAAUCAAAAUAAAGUGACAUAUACGAAUUAAUAAAUGUAUACAUUCUUUUGACAUUCGUUGAUUAUAAAACUGUCUCUAUAAGGAAGCACUCUAAUCGGUAUGGAAUAUUAAUUAUUGAAUCAAACUUUGCGAAUUACUGAGUAUAAUAAAUUCAAAAAAAAAAAUUAAUCACUGUUGUUUUGUUUUAACUUGAAACAUUCAGACUUGGAAAAUGAUGAUUCGCCCUCGACUAUGCCAUAUUACUGAAUUUCCAUCCAAAAACGUUUAAGUGAUUAACCAAAAAUUAAAUAUUAGAUAUUGAUAUACAAUAUUUGCUCGAUUUUGAGCCACUUGGAAAGGAUUUUUCAUUUCUCUCCCGCAUUAACGUGAUUAUUAUUACGACUUAAUAAACAACCCGUCCGUCGAGUCUGCUUUUUUGAGGAACGAUUACAAUUCAACAAAAAAAAAACAUGAAAAACCCACGUAUCUAAGCGGCAAUAAAACAGCAUGAAAACCAAAAAAGUUAAAUGGAAAAAAUAAACAAUUCAAUUUUUGUACUUGUUCUUUGGGCGGUGAUAAUUACUGUAGUGAUGGAACUAUAGACAAAACAUUUGAAAAAAAAAAACAUUCAUAAAUGGGGGCAUAGAUUAGCGUUAAAAUUGGUACGGCAAUUGAGGGAAUAAAAUUAAUGAAAAACAUUUAAAUACUUCUGAUAUCAAUGAACAAUUAUUUAAUAAUAAUAAUAACUAUUGAGCAGGUUUAGAGAGUUUGCAGAAGUACGAUACAUAGACAUCAGGAUAAUUAUCAUCUUUUUCUGAACAAUUACGAGACAGGAAAAAUAUAAUUAUCCUGAUGAUUCUACGAUUUGUGAAUGUGAUGGCAAAUGCUUUUUAUAUAUUGCAUAUAUUGAAUGCAAUUUAAUACUGGAAAUGGUGGGAAAAAUAUGAAACAAUGAAAAUACGACGAUGUCAGAUAACUACAUUUAUCCAUUGUUUAUAAAGAAUAAUUAAAUAACGACCAGCUACCUAGGUAGGAUGUUAAAAUUAUAAAAUUAAUAAAAACCGACGAUGAGAUGAAAAUGAAAUUAUUAAUCAUAAAUGAGAUUUUGAUGAGCUAUUAAUGUAGCGACACGAGCUUUCCCAGAAAAUAAUAUGGAAAAGAGAACAAAAAAAUAUACUAUAGUGUUAGCUAACUGUAAUAAUUAUAGCAGGUGGCACAGAAGAGAAUACAAGUGAAACAUCUGAUGUUUGGUGCCAAUUCCCACAAAAUGUUGAGAAUUUAUUUCCCCAUUAAAGAUUGUAUGUUGAAAAUUGAUUGAUAAAUUCAAACAAAAUAAAGUAACAAUGUUGAACGUCAUUUCUACGAUUUCUGGAAAAUUCAUGGGAAUUUAUAAAGUAAAAUUUCAUUAUCGUAUAAGUCAAUAAAUGUAUGCUUAUUGUCAUUAGAAUCAAUGUUUUCCACCGGUCAUUCGACUCUCAGGGUUGACCAAUGUGUUAUAUUUAUUUGGGAAGCAACGCUAUGAAAUCGAUGAGGGUUUAUGGUGCUAUGGUUAUUAUUAUUAUUAUUAUUAUUAUUUAAUAAAACACUACCAUUACUAAUAUAUGUAAUAGAAAUUGGAAGAAAAGAAAAAUGUUACGCUACAUUAUGAGGAUAAUAUAGUAAAAUAUAUUAAACUA